AGGUUAUCACCUUCGUAAAGAUGAAAAAGUAGGGGGAUUUUUGUUCGAAGACGAAUCAGUUGGUCGUCAUCGAUCUACCGAGUACGACGGGUAUAAUCUUUUCGGCAUCCGUUCUAACACACACAUGCACAGACUCAUUCAUACACAUACACACGCACACGCAAGGAUCCAUAUCUACAUGUACGCAUAUACAACAGACAUUCAUCUCAAUGAAUUUAUUUGAUAUUCAUUGAUCAAUCCGAGAACUAGUUGUUCGAUACAAUUAAUUAAGAAAAUUAUUAAACAAGUUUUAGUGAGUUUAUUUGUUUCUUUUUUUUUUUUUGAAGUUCGAAUUAUUUUGUCGACUGUCGCGUUCGAAAUGAAGUCUAUAGAAAAAACGAAGAACGUUGGAAAGGACGAGACGAAGUUUUUACAAAAUUGGUACAUUUGGGCCAUAAUAAUGGCAGGAUUGACUAGUCUUUUAUUAAUUGUGAUAUUUUGGUGUACAAACAUUUUUCAAAAUAUCAUAUUGUCAAAUUUGAUAAUACAAAAUGGUACUAGAGCGUUCGAAUAUUGGAUACGUCCUCCCGUCCAAUUGGUACAAAAUUUUUAUAUUUACAAUUACACGAACGUAGACGAUUUUGAAAGUGGUAAAGCUAACAAAUUGAGAGUACAACAAUUGGGACCGUACAUUUACGAGGAAACUUUAACGCGUAUUAAUACACAGAUACACGAAAAUGGUACGAUUAGUUAUCAAGAGAAGAAAUUGUUUAAAUGGGAAGGAGGAAAUUCUGAGAAUGAUAUAAUCAUAGUACCUAACAUAUUAUUUUUAGCGGUUCAUUCAGUCAUACGUAAUUUAAAUUAUGCUAGUCAAUUUAUAUUUAACUUCGCCAUGUCCACUUUGAACAUCAAACCUUUCAUUAAUAUCACAGCCGGUGGUUAUCUUUGGGGAUACGAUGACGAUUUUUAUGAUCUUCUGAAAACUUUUGGAUACAUACGUAAUCCUUCCGACAAAUUUGGUAUUCUAAUACAAAGCCAUGGAGUCUUGAAAGAUCGUUUAAUGAUAAAUACGGGCAUCCAUGAUAUGGACAAUCUUGGUAUCAUUCAAGGUAUCAAUGGGAAAAAUAUUUUAAAUAUUUGGGGGGACGAGGAAUGUGAUAAAAUUGCUGGUACAGAUGGUUCCAUGUUUCCACCUAAAUGGAUUAAAAAUCGAAAUAUUCCUUUGCACGUAUACAUUAAGGAAUUCUGCAAGACAUUCAAUUUUAAUUUUCACGAAUACAGCAAUGUCCAAGGUGUACCUAGUUUCAAAUACAAACUGUCAUUGGAUUCAUUUCAAGAAUCCUCAAAGGAGACGUGCUUUUGUCCGAAAAUAACAUUGAAUUCGAAUGAAAGAAAGUGUCCGCCAAUUGGUACAUUAAACAUUUCGACGUGUUACGAAAAUUUACCGAUAAUCUUAUCGUUGCCGCAUUUUUAUGGGGCUGACAAAUCAUUGAUAGAAUCUAUCGAUGGUUUGAAACCCGAACAAAAUCUUCACGAAAGUACCUUGGAUUUGCAUCAGUUUUUGGCAUUGGUAAUGAACGGGACGUUGAGAAUGCAAUUAAACAUGGAAUUCAAAAAAGUUUUUGGUGCAGCCUAUUCGAAUAAACUUAAGGACAAUUUGAUAUUACCAUUGAUAUGGAGUGAAAGUACAUUAGACGUGCUUCCCGAAGAUUUUAUUAAUGAAUUUUACGACGCACAUUUCGCGAAUACAAUAAUCGAAGCUACAUUUAGAUGGGGUAGCACUUUUAUAUUUUUAAGUUCGAUUUGUGCGCUUUACCUUAUUAAAAGGAAUCAUUAUAUAGACCGAUCCAAUGUGUAGAAAUAUGUUUCUGAUUAAGAAACAAGAUAAUAGAAUAAUGAUGAACUUUCGAGAAUAAAUUUCUUUUCUUUUUUUUUUCUUUUUCUUUUUCUUUUUCUUUUUUUAUUUAUUUCAACUAGCGUUCGCUUGCGAAUGAACGUGGAGUAUAAAAUGCGAGAUUUUAGAAUUUUCAUCUUUUAAAAAAUCGUUUAAGUUCGACAAGUUUGUGUUAAAUACGAAGCUACACAAAUACAUCCUUUUUACUAUUACUUAAUAAUAA